ACCUGUUUGCGUUUGUAAGAGCGAACAUUUGGAGACAAUCCUGCAGAAAGUUCACGGUUGUCGUCAUAAAACCAUGUUAACGUGGUCGUUGUGUCCACGGUGAAAGCUGCAGGACUGGUCAGCAAAGCUGAGCCGAAGAACUCCCCUGCAAGAAAGGAUUACGCCAUCUCAUGGACAUGACAAGACAACACCGCCGAGGGAAACACUGGCGUUCCGCCUGGAGGCCUCUGACCCACUUCAGCAGCCCCAGUAUCAGCAACACUACCACACUGCUGCUGAGUGAGGAUGGAAACACGCUGUUUGUGGGAGCCCGGGAUGCUAUACUAUCACUGGAUAUCAGCAAACAGGAUGCAAUUGAAAUAAGAAACAAGCUAGACUGGGCUCCUACAGAGAGAGACCUUGAACAAUGCUCCAUGAAAGGCAAGAAAAUGAUGGACUGUCCCAACUAUGUGCGUGUGCUUCAGUCCCUGAACACAACCCACAUAUAUGCCUGUGGAACCUUCGCUUUCAGCCCACGCUGCACCUACAUUAGCUCUGACACAUUGUUGAUGACAACCCCAAAUGGCAUAUCUGAGGAAGGAAGAGGCCGCUGCCCAUACGACCCCUACCAGCGCAACACCGCCAUUAUUGUUGAUGGAGAGCUGUACACUGGGACAGUAGCAGACUACCGGGGCAACUGGCCAGUGAUUUCCAGGCACCUCAGCGAAGGCGACCAUGUUGAUGUGAAGCUGGACGAUACUUUAGGAUGGCUUGAGGAUCCAACUUUCAUCAGUUCCAGUUUCAUCCCCAGUGAGGAAAAAAUAUAUUUUUUCUUCAGUGAACUGGGCAGAGAGUAUGACUUCAUUGAGGAAUUUAUUGUUUCUCGCGUUGCUCAGAUCUGCACAAGUGAUGUUGGAGGCCAGCGGACCCUGCAGCGAAGGUGGACUACAUUUGCUAAAGCUCAGCUGCUGUGUCAGUCUGACAAUGAGUUGCCCUACAACGUCAUUCAGGAUAUCAUCACCCUCCCACCCCCCGAGGGGGCGCCUGUGGAUGACACACUCUUUUAUGGCAUCUUUACCUCUCAAUGGUUGGUCAACUCUGGGCAGUCAGCAGUGUGUGCAUUCCGCCUGAGUGACAUCAAAACAGUUUUCUCCGGAAACUACAAGGCCCUGAAUAGGGACACAUUACGAUGGAGUACAAGGGUUCAGGAGAAGGUUGCUAAUCCAGGAGAGUGUGGCCUGCACAAUGCCUCAGACAACACUCUCCGCUUUGUCAAAGAAAACUUUCUGGCAGAUGAGAGCAUCCAGCCAGUUGGAAGGACCCUGACUAUGGUGUCACCUGACCAGUAUUACAGCCGCCUGGCAGUCCAGCGGGUCCGAGCAGCUAACAACAAGGAGUAUACUGUCCUAUAUCUGCUCACAGAAUCAGGGUACCUCCACAAAGCGGUGCUGCUGGAGAAAGGAGUCCAUAUAAUUGAGGCAGUCCAGAUAUUUGAAGCAUAUCAGCCUGUUAAGAACCUACAGCUUUCCAUAUCCAAGGGCAUGGCAUUUGUUGGCACAUCAGAGGGUGUGGUGAGGGUCCCAACAGCCAACUGCUCUUUCUACUGGAGCUGUGACCAGUGUGUGCUAGCUCGGGACCCCUUCUGUGGCUGGGACCCUGACAGCAGGGCCUGUGUGAGAGUCACUACCGUCAAGGCUGGCUUAAGCCAAGAUGUGGACAAAGGGAAUGUUGAAAAGACAUGUAACACUGCUCCACUAAACCCCAGGACCAGGUUUGGACCAGACAAACUGCUCCCAGGUGAAUUGGUAUCUGUAUCUCUGAAUGAAGUGGUGCGACUGCAGUGUCCAAAGAUGUCUCACCUGGCCGAGCGUCUCUGGGAGCGUCCCAAUAGUCGCCUCUCCUCAGAUCUCUACCUACAGCUGAAGGAUGGAAGCCUGCACUUUGUGGCCACUCCAGCUACAAUGGGACAUUACCUGUGCCUGUCUAUUGAGAACAACUACCAGCAGACCUUGGCCAUCUACCAGGUCAAGCAGAAGAGCAGCCCCACACCGCAAACCCCAGCCACGUACUCUCGCCCUCAGACCCGGCCCCUGCCCACCACACAGGCAGCUGUCAGGCCAGGGCAAGGACUGCCUACCUCUUUAGGGACCUGGCCUGAAAGGACAAAGACAAGGCAAAGACAAACAGAGCCUACAUCAGCCAGUGAGUCACAGGUCACCACGAGGAAAGCAGGCAGGAAGUGUGCUAUGUGGUUUGAUGACUUGGAGGACAAAGAUAUGGAGUUGCAGCAUGGAGAACACCUCCUUUUGCCUCGGGGCUACAGUUUCCUGACAGAGCUAGUGGUUGUGUCAGUGCUUCUGACUCUGUGUGUCAGUGUUAUGAUCACCAUGGUGCUGUACAGCAUCAGGCAGCAGUGUCACAAUCAGACAGCCCCGCAAGCUAACACUCCAGUCAGGGACUCUGAUCAGGGCACCCCAACUGAACAAGAUGCCCUCCAUGAAUGCCAGUCACCUUACAACAGCAAUAGCAAGCGCAAUGUACAAGUAAUGCACAAAGGCAAGAUGAAUGGAGUGUUGUGCAACGGUACACCCAGGAGCCCUAAUGGACAUCUGCCCAACAUUCCUUUUUGAACAUUCCCAGACGCAAUUAAACUAACAUGGGUGAGACCAGAUAAGACCUUUUCCAUCACUACACAGUAUUGCAUAUUCAUUUACAAAAGAUGAGUCUUCUAACUGGCCUACAGACCAACCACGAGGUACCCUAUUUGUGGACUCUGGUGAUCCUCAGGAUCAGAAUCAGAUUUAUUGCCAAGUACAAGAACAUACAAAUAAUUUCUCUUGGUAUGUUGGUGCAAGAGGGAAAAAAUAAAAAUGAAAGUAAGGCGCAAUAAGGCGCAAUCAAAACACCAGAGUUGAACAUGAGACCAUGUGGCAGGAGCUGUAUUUGCAAAAAAGUUAAAUCAGAAUUUUUAGAAGUUAUUUACAGAUUAAGAGUUGUUUACAGGGUAGUGCAGGCUUUAUGCAAGGUGUCCAUGUACAUAGAGCACAGUAGGGAAGAUAAAAAG